CUUCUUGGAACAACAAGCAGAUUCACAGAAUAAAUCCUCCUUUAAUGGAUUGUCCUCCUGGCUGUUUGCGGGCUUUCCACCAGGGGGCAGUCUAACUCCCAAAGUAAGCCACCUCCCCGGCAGAGCUCUCGUCCAAUCAAAUUUCAGCUUGUUCUGGGUUUGACCAAUCCCGUGCUGCGGCAAAUGGGCCGUUAUUGAGAACGCUUUGGGGGGACAUGUGAAGCCAAGCGGUGGGACAGCAGAGUUUUCUCAGCUUCUCAGGCUGCGCGCUGCAACUUUUUGUUUCGUAAUCAUCAUGAUCUGCAGGAUUUUGGUCUUCGGGUUGUUUUCGUCCGCGCUGGGCAGACAUCUGCAGGGGGGAGACGGCUUGUCCCGGGUCAGGAGGCUGCGUGAAGAGGCCGGGGAUGCUGGGGAGCCACAUAGCUUGGAGAGGAGGGAGCUGACGAGGCGCAGCGCUGGGCUGAAUGAGCGGACAUGCACGGAUCUCCGUGGAGUGGAGGCAGCGCUGCAAAACAGCACCAGCAAUUUUACGUUUAAGGUGCGAUCCAUGGGUUCGCUCUCGCUCGCCUGGGUGGGAGACAAAUCAGGGGUGGUCUUGGUGCUGACCACAUUUCAGGUGCCGUUUUUCCUGAUGCGAUUUGGCCAGUCUAACCUCUACAGGAGUGAAGACUACGGGAAGACGUUUAAGGAUGUGACCCAUGUGAUCAACCACACUUUCAUCCAGACAGAGUUCGGCAUCGCCAUCAGUCCGGAUCAUUCAGGGAAGGUGAUCCUGACUGGUGAUGUGUCUGAGUACGGUGGCUUUCGACUUUUUCGCUCGAGGGACUUUGGCCUGACCUUUGAACCGACAGACCUGCCGUUUGUGCCCCUUAUUCAGAUGCUGUACAACCCCAGAGACUGCAACACCCUUCUGACGCUCAGUUUCACGUUGGACCUGUGGCUGUCUGAGGACUUUGGCGCCACCUGGAGGAAAAUUCACAAAAGUGUGUGUUUAGUCAGAUGGGGGCCAAGAAACAGCAUCUACUUUACCACCAUCACCAAUGGAACAUGCAAUGACAAAGGGAUGCUAGAUUUAAAGAAGACCAUCGACUACGGCAAAACCUUUCGCACAGUUGCAUCCAGAGUUUACUCCUUUGUCCUCGGAGGGAAAUUUGUCUUUUCCUCCAUCAUGACAGGAGCGGGUACAGAGCGUGUGAUCCAUAUCUCGGUAGAUGGAGGGGAGCACUGGAACAUCGCUCAGCUUCCUGCUGUCGACCAUCAACGGUUCUACUCCAUCCUCACAGCCAAUGAGGACAUGAUCUUCAUGCAUGUGGACGACCCUGGAGACUCUGGUGUUGGAACCAUCUAUGUGUCGGAUGACAGAGGAACUGUAUUCUCCAAGUCACUGGAGCGCCAUCUCUACACAACCACGGGAAGUGAAACAGACUUCACAGCGGUUUCUUCCCUGAAGGGCGUCUACAUGACCAGCAUACUCACAGAGGAUGGCACUUUGGAGACGGUGAUCACCUAUGACCAAGGAGCCAAGUGGCAGCCACUGCGCAGACCCCAGAACAGCAACUGCGACACGGAAACCUCCACCAACAGACCAAACAGAUGCAAACUUUACAUAUAUGCCUCGCACGGCACCGCCAUGAAGGUGAAGGUCCCCGUUCUGCCGCUCUCGCAGCCCAACGCGGUUGGUCUCAUCCUGGCUCACGGCAGUGUUGGAGAUUCAGAGUCUUCUCUUCCUCCUGACGUGUUCGUCUCCGAUGAUGGGGGCUACUCUUGGCUGCAGGCUCUGAAGGGCCCCCAUCAUUAUGCUAUCCUGGACUCUGGAGGGCUGCUGGUAGCUGUGGAGCACACCGACCUACCCAUCAACCAGAUAAAGUUUUCCACAGAUGAGGGUCAAUGCUGGCACACGUUUAACUUCACCAACGACCCGCUUUACUUCAGCGGCAUGGACAGCGAGCCUGGCGCUCGCUCCACCAACGUCAGCCUUUGGGGCCACAGGAACGAUCACACUAAGUGGGUGGUGAUCACUGUAGACUUCAGGAAGCUCCUCACCAGAGACUGCAAUGAAGGGGACUAUGAAGAGUGGCUGGCCCACUCUGCAGACCCCAGUGGAUCCAACAUUGGCUGCGUAAUGGGCUAUAAAGAGACCUUUCUACGUCUGAGAAAGGAUUCGGUGUGCUGGAACGGGAGAGACUUCGCAGUUACCAAGAAGCAGACACGCUGUCCGUGCUCGGUGGCAGAUUAUUAUUGUGACUUUGGUUACUACCGGCCUGAAAACAGCUCAGAGUGUGUGGAGCAGGAGGAGAUGAUAAGCCGUGCUUUGGAGUUCUGUUUAAACGGGACCACUGAGCAGCUGCAGACCACUGGCUACCGGAAGAUUCCUGGGAAUCAGUGUGAGGGAGGUUUUCAGCCGGAAAGAAAGGAAAUUGACUUACAAAGGUUGUGCACCAGCGACGCCCUUCUUCCCAAAACUCAGACUGGCAGUGGUUCGACCAGCACUGCUAUCACAGUGGUGGUUGUCAUGGCGAUUCUUCUGAUGAGUGCCAUUGCAGGUGUUUGGCUGGUCAAGAAGUACGUCUGCGGAGGACGGUUCCUUGUGCACCGAUACUCUGUCAUGAGGGAACAAGUGGAAGCAAACAAAAUAGAGGGAGUGGAUGAUGUUGACACUAACUACAUGGAGACAGAGAAAACACAUUUUAAUGAUGAUUCAGAUCAAGAUCUCUUGGAAUAAAGCUGGUCCACAUAAAGGCUUUUAUGAUGGUUUGGGGAUUCCUUUCCUCCAACAUCUGUUUUUCACCCCUCACUGCCCCCUGGUGGAUGGAUGUCCCUGCAGCAAAAAGUGCUAAUAUGUUGAGCUUUUAUAUAACUUUUGGCUUCUUCAUAAUUGUGAGAGCUGGUGUUGGACAGAGAAAACCCCUUUGGACCAGUGGACCUAUCCGGAUAUUUAAGGGAGCAGCCAAGCAACAGAACAUGUUUUAUAAGCAGCAUUAAACAUUCAGAGCGCUAUCCUGCUGUUAUUUUAGUACUUUGUAAAUGUAAAAACUGCCAGAUG